CAUGAAAAUUGUGUGACCAUGAUUAUGGGCGAUGUGCACAAUCUACGACUUGCAUUUUGAACCAAGUUCAGACACUCACAGUUACUUGCUCUUGAUCUGUUGAUGUCCAUACGUUCCCGCCAUGUGUCAUGCAAAAUUAACGAUGUUUUUCAAGAACAUCUUCAUAACCUCGGAUGUGUAAUUUCGACUCCAGUUUUGUUUUUUUUUAACGAUAUAUUGGUUUUGGUGUUUUGGAUUAGAAAUACUUGUAAUCAUUUAUUUUAAAUUAUAAAAACAAAAGAUGAUAGGAAUGAACUGAUGAAAAUGAAAGUAGGAUUUUUCGAUACGGUUUUUAUUGUGCAGAUUUGUUUAUUUCUCUGUUUUAAUCCUGACGAAACAGACUAUUAUUAUGUGCUCAAUGUGAAAAGAUCUGCAAGCCAAGCGGCAAUUAAUCAGGCAUACAAAGCUUUAUCACGUAAACUCCAUCCAGACAAAAACAAGUGUGACCCACUAGCCAAUGAGAAAACAAUUUUGUUAAAUACAGCUUCUGAGUUUCUUAGAGAUAAAAGAAAACGCAGCGAAUACAACAGAAGAUACCCAAAGGCUGGGCUUAAAUACACAACUUGGCCCUAUGACUGGGAACUUCAGGAUUGCUCAGGAAAAACUAUGGAUGCUGGCUUCAAAAAUUACAUAAGGAAUAAUGCUGUUAUUGGAGUGCAAUGGGUUUUAGGAAUUGCAGGAAAUGUUAGGUUUAUCAUGAGAGGUAUUAAGCUCAGUAGCUUUGAAUAUGGAACCAUUUUAGCUGUGACAGCCUCCUUUGUAAGCACGAGUCCGGUGAUCCUGUUUAUCUUGCUGUGGAUAUUCGUGGUUGAUAGACUACAUCUUAUUCUGAUGGUUUGGAUGUCAGAAAAGUUCAUCAAAAAUAUCAGGAAGAAGUAUUUGCCAUACCUUAUUCUGAUGUGGAUUAUAUAUCUCAGUACACUGGGCCAGUAUGACAAUCAGCUAUUUGAGCUUGGCCUCAGUUUCCAGACAGUAAAUUACCUCUCCCACUUCUCCAACUUGUUGAUCAUCUACAUCACAGCAUCAAUCCUUGUCACCAGCCACAUCUUCCUAAAAUACCAGCUACACCAAAAUCAUUACGUCCAAUAUACCCUGUAUUUUUUACAACAGGCAUUGGCAUUUAAUUUUUUGUCAGAGAACUUGCCAAAUGAAGAAGAUUUAGAUGGAUUAUUAGUAUACCAUCUGAUGAUAAUUCUAAUUUCUUACCUUUUUUCCACAUAUGUAUGGCUUUAUAUCAGAUCAACACUUCAUGACUUGUGCACAUUUAGCAGAGGAUUUUUAGAGAGGAAAUCAGCAUUCAUUUUAAACCCAUUAAAAAAAUUUAUUCGAGUUAUUAUCAGAAAGUUAGGCUGCAUUCCGGUGAACUCAACAAUGUGGGUGCUAUGUGUUCAGGUCCUUCAAGAAAUAUGGUCCAAGUGUAAUCACGUCUGUCAUCUAAUGUGGACUAAAUGUGUUCAGACCACUACAGAAAUGAAGAUGAAAUGUGUUCAGACUUUCCGUCGUCUUCCUCACCUUGCCAGUUUUUGUGGGAAGUACAUCUGUCACAGACUAAAGACAUGGACUCUGUUUAUUUUGUCAACAGAACUCCCAUACUUAAAAACCAAAAUCUUUCAGCUGUGCAGGUCGAAUCAUGGAACAGUACAAAACCGACAGUUAUUAUCUAAGGCGGAGUAUGUGAUGGAGGGGCGUUUCUACACACUUGCCCAACUAAAUCAGCUUCGUCACGACUGCCUGGAGAUGAAGGUCAAUGCCUGGAGAAUGGCUAAUGCACUCACCAAUGUUCAGAGAUUUAGCAACUUUGUCCUGGGUGAAAAUCAUGUGACUGCUGCAGAAAUAGAGGAGCAUCAUCGUAGUUGUCGGAUUUAUCCUCAAUCUGCAGACUCGGAAUCCUCAUCAGAAAGUGAAUAGAUUUAAAAAAAUGUCUUCCUGUAAAAUGUCUUCUAGUCUCUAAUACAGCAUUGUUUUUUUUAUUUAGAAUAGUAUAACUGCAGUUGAUUUUUUUUUCGGAAUGAAUUGCUUUUGCUUUGUUUACUAGUCCAAGAUGUAUGUUCAUAUACUCAGAUGUGAUUUUACAAGUUUUCUACAUGUGGCACCCGUAUUACUGUUGUUAUAUAUGUUUUGUAUAAAUAUUUUAUUGUUCAUGAAGAAUGUUUUCAUUUUGUUUUACAUAUUAGUAACUUAAAAACUGAUCAAGUAUGAGAGGGCUCUGCUAAGGGCAGUUUAAGGACAUAGAAGGUACACAUUCAAGCAUCAGAAAAAGUGAUACAGCUCAUAACUUAUAACAGCCUUUCUCUUCAGUGCAAAAUUUGGGAGAUAAAUGCAUUAUAAACUGAAUUAUCAUCACAAGAAGUUUCAAGGAUAUAUAUUUUCACAGAGAUACAGACAAAGCAAAAUACCUUUAAAAUGAAUUCUGUAACCUAGGUCUCUUGCUCUAAUGUCAAAAUAUGUCAAUGUAAAAGUGUAAAAGGACAUGGUAC